CUUCAAUUAACUCUUGUAGCCGUUGCAAAAAGUGAAGAUUGUGUUGCUUCUCUUUUUCAAAACAUAAGAACAUUAUUAAAUGUUGUUGGAGCUUCAUGCAAACGGUAUGAGAUGCUCAAAGAGAGUCAAGCUAUUAGAGUUGUUGAAGCAUUAAAUAAUGACGAGAUUUGUAGUGGAAAAGGAUUGCAUCAAGAGCGUAGCCUCAAAUGUGCUGGUGAUACACGAUGGGGUUCUCAUUAUGGUACGUGUCUCAACAUUAUUAUCUUGUUUUCGUCUAUCCUUGAUGUGCUUGAGAAUGUGGCUGAACAUGGUUCAAAUUCUGAACAACGAGUUGAAGCUCAAACACUCUUGCAAUUGGUCCAAUGUUUUGAUUUUGUUUUCACCUUACACUUGAUAAAGAGUGUUCUUGGAAUAACAAAUGAGUUGUCAAAAUGUUUGCAAAGAAAGGAUCAAGAUAUUGUUAAUGCUAUGGAAUUGGUUAAAGUUGCCAAAGAACGAUUUCAAAAUUUAAGAGACGGAGGAUGGGAUAUUCUCUUUGGUGAAGUUUCUUCUUUUUGUGAAAAGAAUAAAAUUUCAAUUCCAAGUAUGAAUGAUUUUUAUGUACCUCAUGGGAGAGUCCGUCGCAAAGUUAUCCAAAUCACAAACUUAAAUCGUUACAAAGUGGACUUGUUCUAUGUUGUGGUGGAUAGACAACGCGAAGAAUUGAACAAUCGAUUCCCAGAAAUUACUACAGAAUUGCUUCUUUGUGUGGCUUGCCUUAGUCCUAAAGACACUUUUUCAUCUUGUGACAAGGACAAGUUGAUUCGUAUGGCUCAAUUAUAUCCUUUUGACUAUUCACCGGUAGAUGUUCUUGCUCUUGAUAGUCAACUUGAAAGUUUUAUUCUUGAUGUGCCCUCCAACUCUGCAUUUAUAGAUAUUACAGAAGUUGGUUCUCUUGCUAAAAAAUUGGUGGAGACAAAGAAACAUAUUGUGUAUCCAUUAGUUUUUUUACUUGUGAAAUUAGCUUUGUUUUUACCGGUGUUGGGAAUAUUUUAUGGUGUUCAAUCUAGUUAGUUAUCUUUGUAUUUGUGUAGUUAUUAAUUAAACGUGUAAUACGGGCCACAAAUGUGUAUCAGCCCGUGGGCUUCCUUGUAACCCGUAAGUUAGCCAACUUCUCCUAUAAAAGGAGGCUAACUUACGGGAACCCUAACGAUCGUAAGAGGCUUAGAGACGCAGAGGCGUAAAGAUAGAGAGAGUAGGGUUGCUGCUGCUCUCCUUCUCCAGGGAGAGCAGCGGUUGGUUUUCAUACGGUAUACCAGAUUCGCGUUUAAUCUUAGACAUAUCUUUCUAUCUGCCUCUUUAUCACUGCUAUGAUUGUUCGAUUAUAUGUAUUAUGGGAUUAACAUUUGGUAUCAGAGCCGAG